CCGGGAGAAGGCGGCGCGGACGGUCCGGAGCGGGGCGGCCGCGGUGAAGCGGAGCAGCCGGGUAGCAGCGGCGGUCACGGGCCCCCUUCGGCGCCUCAGCACACGGAGACGCUGGGCUUCUACGAGAGCGACCGGCGACGGGAGAAGCGCCACGGCCGCGCAGAGCUUUCAUUGUUGAGGUUCCUCAGUGCUGAACUAACAAGAGGGUACUUCCUCGAACAUAAUGAGGCCAAGUACACAGAAAGAAGAGAAAGAGUAUACACUUGUAUGCGAAUACCAAGAGAAUUGGAAAAGCUCAUGGUCUUUGGAAUCUUUCUGUGCCUGGAUGCCUUUCUGUAUGUGUUCACUCUGCUUCCGUUAAGAGUUUGCCUGGCACUGUUUCGGCUCCUCACUCUGCCCUGCUAUGGCUUAAGGGACAGACGUCUGCUUCAGCCUGCCCAAGUGUGUGACAUUUUCAAGGGUGUCAUUUUGGUGAUCUGUUACUUCAUGAUGCACUACGUGGACUACUCCAUGAUGUAUCACCUGAUCCGAGGACAGUCUGUCAUCAAGCUGUACAUCAUCUACAACAUGCUGGAGGUGGCUGAUCGUCUGUUUUCAUCAUUUGGGCAAGAUAUAUUGGAUGCUCUCUACUGGACAGCAACGGAGCCGAAAGAAAGAAAACGAGCCCACAUCGGGGUGAUUCCGCACUUCUUCAUGGCUGUUCUCUAUGUCUUUUUGCAUGCGAUUCUUAUAAUGGUUCAAGCCACAACUCUCAAUGUAGCUUUUAACUCCCACAACAAGUCACUGCUUACUAUCAUGAUGUCCAAUAAUUUUGUUGAAAUUAAAGGCAGUGUUUUCAAGAAGUUUGAGAAGAACAAUCUCUUUCAAAUGUCCAAUAGCGAUAUUAAGGAACGAUUCACAAAUUACGUGCUUUUGCUAAUAGUAUGUCUACGAAACAUGGAACAGUUUUCUUGGAAUCCAGAUCACCUCUGGGUGUUGUUUCCCGAUGUCUGCAUGGUGAUUGCAUCAGAAAUUGCUGUGGACAUUGUAAAGCAUGCAUUCAUCACCAAGUUCAAUGACAUCACUGCCGAUGUCUACAGUGAAUACAGAGCCAGCCUUGCUUUUGACCUUGUUAGCAGCCGACAGAAAAAUGCGUAUACUGAUUACAGUGAUUCUGUGGCACGGAGGAUGGGGUUCAUUCCUCUCCCACUGGCUGUUUUACUCAUCAGAGUUGUAACAAGCUCAAUUAAAGUGCAAGGAAUCCUGUCUUAUGCCUGUGUCAUACUCUUCUAUUUUGGGUUAAUAUCCCUGAAAGUCCUGAAUAGUAUCGUGUUAUUGGGGAAAUCCUGCCAAUAUGUGAAGGAAGCCAAAAUGGAAGAGAAGCUGUUCACCCCGCCUCCAACCAGCACGCCAGGCAAGCCACCCAGUAAACCCCAGAGCAGAAGCAAACUGCCCCAAGGCCUGGCCUCCGAGGAAACCCUGUCUGCCUCAGUCACCAGCCAGCCUCCGCACCCGAAGGAAAACAUCAUCCCGCUUCUGGUGACCAGCAACUCAGACCAGUUCCUGACCACUCCAGACGGUGAUGAAAAGGACAUCACGCAGGAAAAUCCUGACUUGAAACACAGAUCCGCAAAGAAAGAUCUCUUAGAGAUAGACAGGUUUACAAUUUGUGGAAACCGGAUUGACUGA